UAUUUUACUUUUAUAUUGUUAAGAGUUUAAAUUGUCUAACGAUCAUGGUGUAGUUUUGCUAAGACUUGUAUCUAUUGAGGGCAAACUAUUAUCGUUUGUUCCAAUAUUUUACGCAGAACAAAUUGCCUGGUGGAAUGCAGGAUGGGUAACUUGGUGAGAAGAUGCGGUUGCCUGCUUCCCUUCUACUAUAGACCGGCAGGCAUUCCUCUAUGCGAUGCGCUUAGCCUGCCGUGCGCUAAAAGAUUCUCAGCUGAGUUCGACAGGAACAAAUGCGACUGCCCACUGUCCUGUCAUUACCAAAAUGUGCUGAUCGAAACGAACACAUACCAGACCUCUUCAACGGUGGAGCCUAUCGACAGUUUUUACCAUGGCCUCAACCUGAGCGGCGUCACCGUGGUGCGCGUGUUUCUCAAAAGCCAUGAGACCAAAACGUUCUACCGGAAACCCAUCUACAACUUUGUCGACCUAUUCUCUCAACUAGGAGGCGUCUUCAACGUAUUCUUCGGCUGUAGUAUCCUCAGCAUACUGGAACUUCUGCAGCUGGCCUGGUACGCCAACAAGUCGAGAACAGCACAGAACGGGAGUAGAAAGAAGAAGUUCUUCAGCGUGUGCUGUCGGAGGAGGGUCAGGGGGGUGGGGAAGAAAAAGAUUAAGAGAGUUAAUACGUUUUUUAAGAAAUGUAAUAAAGUGGUUUAUACUCAUUAAAAUAGAAUAGAAUUGUUGUGUUGGUUAAAAGUUGAAUAUCAUCCAUUGAUUUAAUGCUUAGUAAAUGGAGUUUAGCACACAAACCAUUGCUUUCAGUCAAAUUUCUUUUAUUACAUCGAUACACAGUAUUAAUUAAACAAUAUCAGUUCGACACCUUCCAAAUCUUGACAGUUCUCUCUAUUAAUUAAAAUAGAGACCAUGUGCGUUGGAGGGUCUGCCAUCUUGUGGGCUACAUUGGAAGCAUAUACUUCACAUUUACAAGUCUCCUGUGCUGCCCCCUACAGUUUAUACACGCUCCCUAUUGCCAUUAACACAACAACCAAAAAGUAUAAAGCCAGGUGCAUACUGCAUGUUCUAAGGCCACUUCCAGAAAGAUGCUCGCAAUUUAGAAACUUCGAUUUUUGCGUGCCCUGAAUAUUGUACAAUUUGUCUGGUCUGAUGUUGAUAUUUUGUACGGUCUCCCGUCUAUUUUUUUCACGAUUUUGAUAUUGGUCUCAUAGUAAAAGAUGCUCAGUAUCAGUGCAAUGGACGAAGAGCUGGAACACGUAUAAAUUUCCAUCGCCGAUAUACUCCCAACAAAAGAACUACCCGGGCUUGAUGAGACACGAAAAAUAUGGGUUACACUGAAUAGAAUAAGGACCGAUGUCAGCUGCUGCAACCAUAAUCUCCAUAAAUGGGGCUAUAAGCCCUCACCAAACUGCGACUGUGGCGCGCCAGACCAGACAACCACGCACAUCGUGGAGGAAUGCCCCAUGAAAUGUUUUUCUAGAGGCAUGAAAGAACUGCACGCGAUAACUGCGUAUGCCAGGGAAUGGCUAUCAAACUUAGACCUUAAACUUUGACUAUAAUGUUACUUUUGUAAACUUGAUUUGUAUUUUAUUUUUCCAAUAAAGCCAUACGAUAAUAAUAAUA